AUGAUGAACAAUUCAAUUUUUUUAAUUUUUCUUGUUUUUCAUGUUUUUGUACAAACGGAACAAGGACCAUUGAAGCAGAAAGCUUUGUUACAACGUAAUGCAAGAACAGCAAACGACACUACCGAGGCUCCAUCGAAUCCAUGUUCGUUAUCCGAUGAACAAAUUAAUCAAAGUUACAAUUUAACUUUGCAUAUCAUUUCUAUCUUCGUUAUUCUAGUUGUAUCUUGUCUUGGUGCAUCGUUUUCGGUUGUUACAACACGCAUUAGUUGCUUACAUGUGAGCCCUAUUAUUAUUAAUGUUGGAAAAUUUUUUGGAACUGGUGUUAUUCUUGCCACAGGCUUCAUUCACAUGUUACCAGAUGCCAACGAGGCAUUGACCGAUCCAUGUUUACCAGAUUCAUGGAAUAUUUAUGGGGCUUAUGCAGGACUCUUUGCAAUGCUUGCUGCAUUAGUCAUGCAAUUGACCGAAUUUAUUGCACAUUCGAGAUAUCGACGCCUGGAAAAAAAGAAACAAAAAGAAUGUAAAAAAAAUAAUAUAGCACCAAUUAGCCAUACACAUAAUCACGAUGAUGUUAAAGAAUAUGUAAACAGUGAGAAAAAAGAUUGUCCUGAAGAACAAUAUCAGCAACAAUCAGGAACAUCAACCGAAAUCACUGUGGCUGCUGAUGAAACAGAAAUCGAAAGCGCUCACAGUCAUGGUGUCGUACUUCAAGAAAUGCAACAGCAUAAAAUUUCAACAUACUUAUUGGAAAUUGGUAUUGCAAUGCACAGUGUGUUGAUUGGAAUAGCGCUUGGUACAACAAGUGGUUCGAGUUUCGUCGCUCUAUUUAUUGCUCUCGUCUUUCAUCAGUUCUUUGAAGGUGUGGCAUUGGGAGCACAAAUUGCUAAAUUAGAACAAAAAUCAAUAAUUCCAGCUGUUAUUAUGGUAGUAUUUUUUGCUCUAACAACCGCUGUGGGCAUAGCCAUCGGAGUCGGAAUUCAUCAGGGAACAUAUAAUCCAAAAUCAGUCGCCUCUUUACUAGUUAAUGGAAUAUUUGAUUCUAUUUCAGCCGGUAUACUGAUUUAUGUUGCAUUAGUCAAUUUAAUUACAGCUGAAUUUUCCAAUAGUCAAACAUUUUAUGCUCUACGAAUAAGACUAAAAGUUUUAUACUAUGCUAGUCUGUAUCUCGGUGCCAGUUGUAUGGCCAUAGUAGGUAGAUGGGCAUGA